AAAGGCAGAAAAAGAGCAACAAUCAACAUAUGAGUAACAAUGGCAGUGCCAAGAAUCAAAUUGGGUAGUGAGGGAUUUGAAGUAUCAGCACAGGGAUUGGGCUGCAUGGGAAUGUCUGCAUUCUAUGGCCCUCCCAAGUCUGAAGAUGAAAUGAUCUCCCUCAUUCACCAUGCUGUUUCCAAGGGCGUUACUUUCCUAGACACUUCUGAUUUGUAUGGUCCUUACACUAACGAAAUACUCCUUGGAAAGGCACUAAAAGGAAUAAGAGACAAAGUUCAGCUGGCUACCAAGUGCGGAGUAAGCUUUGCAGGUGGAAAAACUAGCGUUCGUGGAGAUCCUGCGCAUGUCCGUUCUUUCUGUGAAGCAAGUCUGAAGAGACUCGAUGUGGAUUGCAUUGAUCUUUAUUACCAAAUUCGAAUAGAUAACACAGUACCCAUAGAAGUUACUGUUGGAGAAUUGAAGAAGCUGGUUGAAGAAGGGAAAAUAAAAUAUAUUGGACUUUCUGAGGCUUCUGCAUCAACAAUUCGAAGAGCGCACGCUGUUCAUCCCAUUACAGCAGUUCAGAUAGAGUGGUCUUUGUGGAGUAGGGAUGUUGAGGAAGAUAUUGUUCCAACUUGCAGGGAGCUUGGUAUUGGGAUUGUCCCAUAUAGCCCUUUAGGCCGAGGUUUCCUCUCUUCUGGGGCAAAGUUUAUUGAAAACUUAGCAGAUAAUGAUUCUAGGAAGAUGUCACCAAGGUUUACAAGAGGAAAUCUUGAAGGAAAUAAGGCUAUAUUUGAGAAGCUAUCAACAAUUGCUUUGAGAAAAGGGUGUACCCCAGGGCAACUUGCACUUGCUUGGGUUCAGCACCAAGGAAAUGACGUUGCACCAAUCCCAGGGACAACCAAAGUCAAGAACUUGGAGGAGAACAUUGGUGCAUUUUUUGUGAAGCUUACAACUAGUGAGAUGAAAGAAAUAGAAGCAAUAAUAUCUUCUAAUGGUGUCUAUGGAAAUUGAUAUAAUGAUGAAUUAAUAAAUUUAACAUGGAUUAAUUCAGAAACACCUCCUCUAUCUUCAUGGACAAAGAUAUAGGUGAUUUCAAUAGUAAUACCUUUUUAGGGCUAGGUAUAUGCAAGAUACAUAUGUGUGGAUUUCAAUUUUUAAUAAUAGUAUCAUA